AUUGAUGGGCAGUUAGAAAAGUUCAUCUAAACGCUACGACAGUGACCAGACGGCAGUUUCUAAUGCGCGUGGAAAUGCCAACUACAGUGGGGAGGUUGAAGAAGAUGUCCGGUCGCCUUCUGGAUCCCUGAGGAACUCUGAGUUCCCAACCAACAAAGUCCUCGGCCUAGAAGGGCCGGAAGUACUUGAGGGCGCUCACCGGGACCCGCCCCUCCGCUUCCGGCAUCAGCUGUGGGGAGUCCCUGGCGUUGUCCUCCUUGUCCGGUUAGUAGGAUGGCGCUGGGCCGACGCAGUCAUAGCACCGAGAGCGGACGGCCGUUAAGAGCCUCAACCUCUCCCCGAAGUUUAUCCCCAGUGGCGGGGGAUGGAGGAGGCCGGUCAUUCCGAGUUGUCCGCGUUCCCUGUUCCUUCGUAUUACAGAGACGUGGGCCUCCAUCGUUGUAGCCCUCCCGUCCUGUUCCCGUGUGCCUGCUAGAGCGUCUCCUCGCCGUUUCCUGUCGCCCAGGGGCCCGAGAGGAAAGAAGGGGGCGUAGCGCUACCGCGGGGGGAACUCGCGAGCUUAGGUGACUCGCAGACACCGGAAGUGUUGAGAGGGAGGCCGGAAGUGAGGGGGCGGAGCCAGGAAGUGAGGAGGGGCGGGGGUUUAUGAGGAGGCCAAGGGAGCGUUGGGACAGAUUUGCACUCAGGGCCACCUGAGGGACUUGGCUGUAGCGCUCAGCUCUGUCCCCUCCCCUCGCAGAGACACGGUUGUCGUCUAGGAGUAGGGAACUUUGUGGAGGGGGGGUUGUCGGGAGGACCUUUCUGUGUCUGCGAUUGAGGCAAGGUGUGGAGAGGCGGGGUGGGGGUGGGGCCGGGUCGUCAGGGCGUCUGAGAGGGAAGACCCCCGCCCCCGCCCCCCCACCGCCCAUCUACACUGGCUGACUGGACACUAAGAUGGCUGCCGUUGCCAUGACACCCAACCCUGUGCAGACCCUUCAGGAGGAGGCGGUGUGCGCCAUCUGCCUCGAUUACUUCACGGACCCCGUGUCCAUCGGCUGCGGGCACAACUUCUGCCGAGUGUGUGUAACCCAGUUGUGGGGAGGGGAAGAUGAGGAGGACAGGGACGAGUUAGACCGGGAAGAGGAAGAGGAGGACGGAGAGGAGGAGGAGGUGGAGGCUGUGGGGGCCGGUGGAGGGUGGGACACCCCCAUGAGGGAUGAAGACUAUGAGGGCGACAUGGAGGAGGAGGUCGAGGAGGAAGAGGAGGGUGUGUUCUGGACCAGUGGCAUGGGCGGGUCCAACUGGGACAACAUGGACUAUGUGUGGGAGGAGGAGGACGAGGAGGAAGAUUUGGACUACUACUUGGGGGACAUGGAGGAGGACCUGAGAGGGGAGGAUGAGGAGGACGAGGAGGAAGUGCUGGAGGAGGACGAGGAAGAGGAGUUAGACCCCGUCACCCCACUGCCCCCGCCUCCAGCCCCCCGGAGGUGCUUCACCUGCCCCCAGUGCCGAAAGAGCUUUCCCAGGCGGAGCUUCCGCCCCAACCUGCAGCUGGCCAACAUGGUCCAGGUGAUUCGACAGAUGCACCCAACUCCUGGUCGAGGGAGCCGUGGGAACGAGCAGGGCAUUUGUCCCAAACACCAGGAAGCCCUGAAGCUCUUCUGCGAGGUGGAUGAAGAGGCCAUAUGUGUGGUGUGUCGAGAAUCCAGGAGCCACAAACAGCACAGCGUGGUGCCAUUGGAGGAGGUGGUGCAGGAGUACAAGAACCACUCAUCUUGUGCAACAACCACUGCCUUUUGUACUCUUCUCUGGGCCAAACUGCAGGGGCAUGUGGAACCACUGAGGAAGCAUCUAGAGGCUGUGCAGAAGAUGAAGGCCAAGGAGGAGAGGCGUGUGACAGAACUGAAGGUGGUAUCCACCAUCCCCUUUGCAUCAUCCCAGAGCCAGAUGAAGUCAGAGCUGGCAGCUGUGGCCUCGGAGUUCGGGCGGCUGACACGGUUUCUGGCUGAAGAGCAGGCAGGGUUGGAGCGGCGCCUCCGAGAGAUGCACGAAGCCCAGCUAGGGCGUGCAGGAGCAGCGGCCAGCCGCCUGGCGGAGCAGGCUGCCCAGCUGAGCCGCCUGCUGGCGGAGGCCCAGGAGCGGAGCCAGCAGGGGGGCCUGCGGCUGCUCCAGGACAUCAAGGAGACUUUCAAUAGGUGUGAAGAGGUACAGCUGCAACCCCCAGAGGUCUGGUCCCCUGACCCGUGUCAGCCCCAUAGCCAUGACUUCUUGACAGAUGCCAUCGUGAGGAAAAUGAGCCGGAUGUUCUGUCAGGCUGCCCGAGUGGACCUGACGCUGGACCCUGACACGGCUCACCCGGCCCUGAUGCUCUCCCCUGACCGCCGGGGGGUCCGCCUGGCAGAGCGGCGGCAGGAGGUUGCUGACCAUUCCAAGCGCUUCUCAGCCGACUGCUGCGUAUUGGGGGCCCAAGGCUUCCGCUCUGGGCGGCACUACUGGGAGGUAGAGGUGGGAGGGCGGCGGGGUUGGGCGGUGGGCGCUGCCCGUGAAUCGACCCAUCAUAAGGAGAAGGUGGGCUCUGGGGGAUCCUCUUUGGGCAGUGGGGAUGCCAGCUCCUCACGCCAUCACCAUCGCCGCCGCCGGCUCCACCUACCCCAACAGCCCCUGCUCCAGCGCGAAGUGUGGUGUGUGGGCACCAAUGGCAAACGCUACCAGGCACAGAGCUCAACGGAGCAGACACUGCUGAGCCCAAGUGAGAAACCACGGCGCUUUGGCGUGUACCUGGACUAUGAGGCUGGGCGCCUAGGCUUCUACAAUGCGGAGACUCUAGCCCACGUGCAUACCUUCUCAGCUGCUUUCCUGGGCGAGCGUGUCUUCCCUUUCUUUCGAGUGCUCUCCAAGGGUACUCGUAUCAAGCUAUGCCCUUGAUUAGCCUGCCACCCGCAGGGGCCCCUCUGGUCAGCACUUGAGGGGCGGGUGGUGGUGGAGGGUGUCCCAUAAGUUUGGGGGCUCAAAGGCUCCUUCCACUGUUGGUUGCUUCCCACUCCCCUUUGACCCCAGGCCCGCUUCUCCCUCUAGGAGCCUAAAGAACCUUCCUGGCCCGCAGCUCUGCCUUCUCUCACCUGCAAUGUCUGUCCAACAGGUCUGCAUGGGUCCCUGAUGAGAACAGCUGCCUGGUUUUCCUUCCCUCUA